AUCAUAACCGAAAGACAUUCCAGAAUAUCUACAGGAUUAGCCUAAAAGCCCGUCUCUCCUCUGGAUCGAUUCGAUCGUCGGUUCGGCCGCGCAACUCGUGACCGCGGGAACGAAGAAUACGGCGUGUUCGCGGACGACGUCUGUUUCACAAGCGUACUAAUUUGAUCCACGAGCCGUGCGUUCCCGAGGCAAGAUGAAAGUACCUCGACGGUGAUCCCUUGCGAAGUUAGAAUCCUUAUUACCUCGGGAACCUCCGCGGUGCCUCGAGAGUCACACGCAAGUGGGGUACACGUGCAUGUGUAUCGCGGAUGGCGAGAAGGGGGAUGCUGAAAUUCAUGCACGGGCCGGCGGUCACCGACGUUCUCCACACCGCGACCUGGAUCAGUUCCUAUUACCGCAUCCACAAGGCGUCUUGAGAAAAUCCGGCUGGAUCCUAGAGUCCCCGCGAAUCCAUAAGAGAAAUCCUUCUCGCCGCAGUGACUGUGAUCCGAUCCAUACGUGCGGGUGUGCGACGUGCUCGUCUCAUCGGGAUCCUGCUAGGGAUCGAUACUCGACGAUGACAACGACAGUGCAGGUGUUGGUGCUUCUCACGGUGACUGUGGUCAGUUCCUUACCGCUCGCCAAUGUGCACGUGAAAUUCGUGUCACCACCUAAUGUAUACGAGCAUAGCGUUACAACAGACGGAGAUCGAACGGUAGCCCAAAAAUCGUUUAUAUCGAUCGGCCGACGAAACGUAGCCAAGCAUUCUAAUGAUCUCGAUUAUAAUUAUAGGACGAGUUUCGGACAAAAUCACUUACAGCAGGUGAUACAGAGUACAGGAGACGCUGAAUCUCUGUGGCCAAUUGGGGUUUUUCUGCCACCAACUGACAUUAAUGAUCUUGGAUAUAGCUGGCAGGAGGUAUCGCAACGCUUCCCCGAUUUCUACAAAUCACAGCAACGAGAUCCAUAUUUAUUGACCGGCCAUGAAGCAAUAUUGGCAGUUAAAUACCUCUACGGAUUGGGUGAACUUUUCUUCGACAAUUAUCCUCAUGUAAGAGCGUUACUGCGAAAUCAGGAAGAGAGGAGACUGAAUGGUUUGCAUGGACACAUUUUGGGCAGUAUAAAUCCUAGGUCUCCAUUUCACAAGAAAGAUAGAAAGGGACAACUAAUCUAAAAAUAAUUUACGUUUAAUA